AUACUGUUUCUAAUUUUCCCUCCAAUUGAAUUGAUAUGUCUAUAACGGAUGCUUUAUAUUGUCAGUUUCUUAAGUAAAAAUAUAUAUAUUAUGUAAGAAUUGAAAAAAUAAAACUUUAUAAAUGGAGAGUUUCGAUCAGGAAUGUAGCAGCUCUAAACUUGUUGGUGUAAACAUAUUGGAAGGAUCUGUAAUCUCAGAUAAUUAUUCUCUAAAUGAUAUUCUUAACAAAUAUACUGAACAAGUUCGUGCUUUAGCUGAUACGAUUAUGCAACUGGAAAAUUUGAAUCUUGUGAAAGAUGUUUCAGUUUCAUCAAAAAACAGUAACACUGAAAUGAUGAAAAAUAAGAAUAAAAUUAUCAGUGGAGUCUCGGCACUUUUGAAAGAUUUGAAACCCUUAAACUAUCCUGGAUUCCAAUCUUUAAGUUCACUGAGGCUACUUAAAGAGUAUGAAAAAAUAGCUCAAGAAAGUCAACUAUUAUUAAAAAAACUACAAGAAGAUGAUGUCACUACUAAAAAUUUAAUCGAAAGAAUUGAUUCUAUGAAAUCACUUAUGAUAGAUUUCAAAAAUGAAACUGAAAAAGUAAUAAAAGAAAAUUAUAUUAGUCCUGAAAUAGAAAGAGCGAUCACCAAAGAAUUUAAUGAAUGUAGAGCUGAUAUGUACAAAAUAUUGCCCCUAGUUGAUCCAUCAUCAAUGUUGAAAGAAGUAUUGAGUAUAUUGGUUGAGCAUUCAGAUGAAGAUAAAGAUAGUUGGGUCAAUUUUGAAGACAAGCCACACUUGGUUUUACAUUGCUACAAAUUAAAAAAGAAUGGUUUCGUUUUGCAAAAUGAAAAUGACAAAAAUCUUUUUAAGUUAAAUAUUUGAGAUUAUUUAAGGACAAUUUUUUUUAAGUAUUGUUAUUAAGAAUUUUGUUUUCAAUUAUUUCUAUGAAUUUUAUUUUAGGUAAUCCACCUAUGAUUAAUUAAGAUUAUUAAAAAGUGAAAAAAUAUCAUUUUAAUUACUAUCACAUUAUUAUUUUAGAUACCCUCAAUUAUCUACUAAAAAAUUAUUUUGCUAAGUGUUUUUAGGAUGUUUAAAAUAAUUUUUUAAAAUUUUUUAAGCUAGUUUUGUUAUGUUUUUAUAAGGUAUUAGGACACUAGACAAUAGGGUGUAAAACCUAUUUUGGUGUCAUAAUAAAUAAGAUGCUUCAUUGAUC